AUGGUGAUGAGACUGUCAACACUUCUAGAUGAAUCAAGGUCACAGGACCCUAACCUGGGGAUUCAAGAUAAAUAUGUUUCAGGUCCAUUCUUAUCAGAAAAAUUCCUCUGGUUAUGCUACAAAUAUUCCCUCCGUGUACCAUACAAAAUAACACAAGACCAAGAGAUUCAGCCUGAGGUCCUUUUGAACAUGACCAUAGGUAUGUUGAUUGGUUGGAACAACACCCUGACACACGUAAUAGCAGAUAUUGCUCAUCUGGAGUCAAUUCCUGGUGUUGGAGCUUUCAUUUCUAAAGUCAGAGAGAUAGCUUCAAAAUUCAUAAGGCUAUCGACAAUACUAAAAGAAGUCAAAUCAUUACUCAACCUGCUUCGUCUUGAAUUUGAGGAAGAUGAGGACUACCUUGCCUCAUAUGGACUGCUCUCCUUACACCGGUUAAAGAAUUCCUAUCGCCUUGUUUUCUAUCAUGCACUUCUCACUUGCCUGGAUUAUGAUGGAAAAAGAAUUGCCACUCAUGUCAAGAUCCUGAGAUGUAAAAUGCUCCGCAGACUGUGCUAAGUCUCCAUCAUGUCUAUUCUGAAAUGCCCAGACACAGAUGGGAUGCUAU